UCGAUAACACAGUCACAAUGGUUCGUGCGGUGCAUAUUCUUGCAACGUUGCUUGCUCUACAACUCAGUUAUGGAAAUCCCCAACCUGGAUAUCCUGUUCAUCCUCAUUUCCCACCUAAAGAUUGUGAACCGUAUCCAGUACCCUGUCCUUACCCAAUACCUGAACCGGCUUGUGAAAUUCCUGUAAUACCACCACCACACUACCCUCAUCCAAUACCUGAACCGGUGUGUGAAAUUCCGGUAAUACCACCACCACACUGUCCUUAUCCAAUUCCUGAACCAGCAUGCGAAAUUCCUGUACUACCACUACCACACUACCCUUAUCCAAUACCCGGACCAGCAUGUGAAGUUCCUGUGAUACCACUACCACAUUACCCUCAUCCAAUACCUGAUCCAGUCUGUUAAAUUCCUGUAAUACCAUCACCACACUAUCCUCACCCAAUACUCGAACCGGCAUAUGAAAUUCCUGUAAUACCACCACCACACUACCCUCAUCCAAUACCCAAACCAGUAUGUGAAAUUCCUGUAAUACCACUACCACCAUAUGGUCCACUCCCACCACAUCUACCACAUGCAGAACCAUUACAUCCGAUUUACUUGUCGAGAAUUUGUUGGAAAAAGGACCUUUAAAUAAUGAACUCAUAUUUUUUGCCGAAGAAAUUGAAAUACU